CUUCGGCUUCCAUACCUCGCCGCUCGCUCCAAAGCCAAGGCCACUUCGAUGCGGCCUCCGCCUCUGUUCUAAGGCGGAGAAUCCCCGAAGACUCCAUGGCCUGGGAGCUGCUCCUCUGGCUCUACGCCUUCGCCUCUGUGAUUUCUCUCAUCGCCCUGACCGCCUAUCAGCUUGUUAACUUGUCUGAUUUGGAGUUCGACUAUAUCAACCCGUAUGAUUCAUCAUCGCGCAUCAAUGCUGUUGUCAUUCCAGAGUUCAUGGUUCAAGGAAUCUUAUGUGCUUCUUUCCUCCUAUCAUGGCAUUGGUUUCCAUUUCUAAUAAUGGCACCCAUUACUUAUUACCAUGUAAACCUGUUUAUGAAUAGGAGACAUCUUAUAGAUGUUACUGAGAUCUUUAGAUUACUAAAUGGAGAAAAGAAGUACAGAAUAAUCAAGCUUUCUAUCUACUUCAGCAUAUUCGUGAUAGUCAUUUACAGGCUCGUGAUGUCUGCUGUUCUCUUACUUACGGAUGAAGGUUAUGAUUCUUUGGAAUCUGGGAUUUUUUAAGAUUCUCAAGCUGAGAUUGUCAGAGAUAGAAGACUGUUGCCUCUCAAUCCGAACCUGAAGGAUGAUCGAAGAUGAGUUUCCUUGUCUGAAUGGCCUGAUCAUGAAGUGACUGCUUUUAGUGAUUUCUAUCUUUGUGUUUAUAAAAAUUAAUCCUAUUUGAAAUGAGCUAAUAUAUCUCACUCUGACACCUUAGAUUUGUAAAUCAGUCAAAAAUGUUCGAACUAUGUCUCUAGAAUUUCGAGGCCUGUGUUGCUUGUUUACUGCCAUCAUCAUCUUCCUCUUGUCAUGACAGUAGUAAAUUCAUAACUGUAUCUACAUUUGGAGUUCUAGAUGAAUAAAGUUUAAUCACCAUUCUGCAGGACUUCAUGUUUUAUCCGAGAGAACCCUAAUUUCCUCAUUUACAGAAAUCUAGUAUGUGACUACUGAAGCUGUCACUUGAGGGUGUUGUCGGCUGUUUUGUACCCUAUUGAUGGAAAUUGAUGACAGGCCGCAUUUGAUGUAAUAUAGAAUGUAUUCUUGUAUGAAAUCCUAUUAAAAUCUUGAAUGAAUGUAUUCUUCAUGUUUGGUCCA